GGCUCGGCGCGUCCCCGAGAAAGUGGGCGUGGCCGCCAGGCAGGCGGGACGCUGGGAAUGACGAGUUCCGCGAUCGCCGGCCGCGGGGACCUUUCUCGCGCUGGUGCCCCCGGCGCUCAGCGAUGGCGGGGAAGUCGACUUUGCUUCUGCUUCUCGCGCCGCUUCUGCUCGGCCAGGCCGUAGUGCGCGGCUCCAGCCCUCUGCCCCUGGUCCUCAACACUUGGCCUUUUAAGAGUGCAACCGAAGCAGCGUGGAGGGCAUUAGCAUCUGGAGGCUCUGCCCUGGAUGCCGUGGAGAACGGCUGUACCGUGUGUGAGAGAGAGCAGUGUGACGGCUCCGUAGGCUUUGGAGGAAGUCCUGAUGAACUUGGAGAAACCACACUAGAUGCCAUGAUCAUGGAUGGGACUACUAUGGAUGUAGGAGCAGUAGGAGAUCUUAGACGAAUUAAAAAUGCUAUUGGUGUGGCACGGAAAAUACUGGAACAUACAACACACACACUUUUAGUAGGAGAGUCAGCCACCAAAUUUGCUGAAAGUAUGGGGUUUAUCAGUGAAGAUUUAUCUACCAAUGCUUCUCAAGCUCUUCAUUCAAAUUGGCUUGCUCGGAAUUGUCAGCCAAAUUAUUGGAGGAAUGUUAUACCAGAUGCCUCAAAAUACUGUGGACCCUACAAACCACCUGGCAUCUUAAAGCAGGAUAUUCCUAUCUAUAAAGAAACAGAAGAUGAUCGUGGUCAUGAUACUAUUGGCAUCGUUGUAAUCCAUAAGACAGGACGUAUUGCUGCUGGUACAUCUACAAAUGGUAUAAAAUUCAAAAUACAUGGCCGUGUAGGAGACUCACCAAUACCUGGAGCUGGGGCCUAUGCUGACGAUACUGCGGGGGCAGCCGCAGCCACUGGGGAUGGUGAUAUAUUGAUGCGCUUCCUACCAAGCUAUCAAGCUGUAGAAUACAUGAGAGGAGGAGAGGAUCCAACCAUAGCUUGCCAAAAAGUGAUCUCCAGAAUCCAGAAGUAUUUUCCGGAAUUCUUUGGGGCUGUUAUAUGUGCCAAUAUGACUGGAAGUUAUGGUGCUGCUUGCAAUAAACUUUCAACAUUUACCCAGUUUAGUUUCAUGGUUUAUAAUUCCGAAAAACAACAGCCAACUGAGGAAAAAGUGGACUGCAUCUAAUCCAUCUUUUUUGUCAACAUCUGUAUUUAAAGAAGAAAGAAAGGCUGGAAAGUCAUCACUGUUAUCACCUAGUGUUCCUCAUGCUCUAAAGUGUUUGCAAAAUAAACACAAAAAUAAAUUUAUGUUGAAGUGGCAAUCUCUGUAUCUGAAAUUUUAUCAUCUAUUUUUAUUUAACCUUUUUUAUAUUCUCAGAAGAUGAACAUGUAUAUGUAUAUGUAUAUGUAUAUGCCUGUGUUUUGUAUAUAUGUAAGUUUUAAGUGACAUUUGGAUUUCUGAUCAGUGUUGCAAAAAAUUGCUACGUUAAGAUUUAUUUCCACAGUGAUAUAUUAAAGCCAAAAGAAAUCAUCAUAUUUAGAGGCUUAAAAUAAUAGAGUAUACAAAUUUUUCAGAACACUCCCCCAAAAAUAGCAGUGAGUAUCAGCACGAUCAGUCUUGAUUGAAUUUUAGUAUGUUACAGUGAUGCAUCUCUUAUCGCUGAUUAUUGGUUUUACCUAAUAUUCCCUAAAACCUUGAGGAAGGCAAAUGAUAUUAAGAAUAUGAGAUGCUCUUUGUUUUGCACAUAUGAGAAACAAGAAGCAAUCUUCUGAUGAGCAAUUAUGUUGAUUUUCUCUGCUUUUUUCCUCUGUUGGAGCUUUCAGUGUGUGAAAGUUCUGAAGCCACAAAAAUCUAUGAUCUUUUAGCUGCUAAUAUUUAGUAUUGAUCAUUUCUUUUAAAAAUGAUUUGGGGAAGUUGAUCUGUACUAUAAUUUUACUAAUCCCUGUGCAGAGGUGUAUAUUGCAGUUAGGAGUCAAGAAAUACAUUGUUUAGCUUGGUAUGUUUUCUGACUUCUGAUUAACUGUAUGACAAUUCUACAGAAGUUGCGUGCUUUCUCAGCAGUAUUACUCCUUCAAAGUCUUUUUAAUCAACAGUCAUUAAUAAAUAUAUAUGUGUGAUAUU